AUGAAAAUAAUAAUAAUACUAUUAAUUACAACUAUACUACUACUACUUCAAUCCCUAUUAAUUGAAGGACAUAGUUUUAUGAAAUGUGUCAAUUUUGAUUAUAAUCAAAAUCGAUGUACUUCAUUCCCAAGAAAUUGGCAGUUGACAGAUCAACAAGGUGAUCGAUUCCUCUUUCAAAGAGGAAAGUUUACCAAACCGGCUCCAACUCAAUUGGGUCAAGCAUGUGGUCCAUUCCAAAGAAUUAAUACUUCUCCCAUCCAAAAUCAAUAUGAUGCACGUUAUCCAAUGGGUCAAUUCUAUCCAGGUCAACAAAUUUGUUCUCAGUGGCCUGCUAGAAAUCAUGCUACCCAAAUUCGUGCCGGUGAAGUUAAAAUUUAUUUAUCAAAUCAAAGAUCUGGUAUGGAAACUCAAGAUGAUAGUCAAGAAACCUUUUUCUCACAUCCAGUAGCAACUAGUAGAUUUGGAAAUUGUUCAGAUUAUUUAAAGAAUACCAAUGAUGCUACUUGUACUGCAUGUUAUAAUGUUCCAUCAACUCCAGGUAAAUAUGUUUUACAAUGGUUCUGGGAAUUCAAUGCUCAAGAAUAUUACAUGACUUGUGCCGAUAUUGAAAUUGAUGCCAAAUUUGCAAAUGGAAAUAAUUAUCAACCCCAAAGAUAUCAAGCUCCUCAACAACAACAACAACAACAAUAUCAAGCUCCACAACAACAAUAUCAAGCACCAAAACAACAAUAUCAAGCACCAAAACAACAAACUCCACAAUAUCAAGCUCCUCAACAACAACAACAAUAUCAAGCACCAAAACAACAAUAUCAAGCACCAACAAAUAGAAAAGUUAAUUUUGAAAGAGGAAAUGAAGUUGAUCUUUUAACCGAGGGAGUUGUAAAUUACAAUCUUGUUGAUAAAAGUGCGUCGUAUCUUAGACCAUCGGUAUCAAGUUUUUUGGAUCAUCAAGUAAUUGAAAUUGCUCCAUUAAACAAUGUAAACUAUUACUUGGCCUGUCAAAAUGGUGACUUGUGCUUUAACAAGCGUGAUAUUAAAGGAUUCAAGGUUAUUCUACAAGGUGAACGUCAAGCAGUCUCUAACCUUGCCUUUAAUAUUGUCUCUUCCAACAAUGAAGCCAGCCAAACCUUCCCAAUGCUAUAUCCAAGCCAAGAAUGGGUCGAUGAUAAUUGGCACGUUCUCUUCUUCCCUAGUGAACUCAUCACAGCUGAUAGAUUCAAAGGUGUAAUGAUCAGUGGUCUAGGAAAUCAAGAAAAUUCUCGUCAUGUUUAUAUUGAUAGAAUUUCUUUUGUUAGAAACACUGAUAUAAAAGUGAUGAAUAACGACAAUAAUAAUAACAAUACAUUAAUUUCUACUAUUAUCUAUCAAGAAACAAGAGAUAAUUAA